GAGCGCAGCCGUUCAAAGCCCGGUGGUGCGGCGCGGGCGCUGGAGGGCCGGUCCGGGGAUGCGCACCCAGCCCCGGAGCCAGGCUGGCACGGCUCGCUGAAGGCGCCCCUGGCUGGGCCCGCGCGGGGACGGGUGCCCGGCCUGACUGAGCGACGCGUUUGUCCUUUUCUCUUUGUGUGCCAAGGUGUCCCUCGGCGGGCGCGAUGCAGAGGGCGGCGGCGCUGGUCCGGCGGGGCUGCAGCGCCCGCGCCCCCGGGUCCUGGGGCCGCAGCCGGAGCAGCGCGGCCGCCGAGGCCCCGGCCGUGCUCAAGGUGCGGCCCGAGCGCGGCCGGCGCGAGCGCAUCCUCACGCUCGAGUCCAUGAACCCGCAGGUGAAGGCCGUGGAGUACGCGGUGCGGGGACCCAUCGUGCUCAAGGCCGGCGAGAUCGAGCUGGAGCUGCAGCGGGGUAUCAAAAAACCAUUCACUGAGGUCAUCCGAGCCAACAUUGGGGACGCCCAGGCCAUGGGCCAGCAGCCAAUUACCUUCCUUCGACAGGUGAUGGCACUCUGCACCUACCCAAACCUGUUGGACAGCCCCAGCUUCCCGGAAGAUGCUAAGAAACGAGCCCGGCGGAUCCUGCAGGCUUGUGGCGGGAACAGCCUGGGGUCUUACAGUGCUAGCCAGGGCGUCAACUGCAUCCGUGAAGACGUGGCGGCCUACAUCACCAGGCGAGAUGGUGGCGUGCCUGCGGACCCAGACAACAUUUUCCUGACCACCGGGGCUAGCGACGGCAUUUCUACGAUUCUGAAGAUCCUCGUGUCUGGGGGCGGCAAGUCACGGACGGGCGUGAUGGUCUCCGUCCCGCAGUACCCCCUCUACUCUGCGGUCAUCUCUGAGCUCGACGCCGUCCAGGUGCACUACUACCUGGACGAGGAGAACUGCUGGGCCCUGAGCGUGAACGAGCUCCGGCGGGCAGUGCGGGAAGCCAAAGACCACUGCGACCCCAAGGUGCUCUGCAUCAUCAACCCUGGAAACCCCACAGGCCAGGUACAAAGCAGAAAGUGCAUAGAAGAUGUGAUUCACUUUGCUUGGGAAGAGAAGCUCUUUCUCCUGGCCGAUGAGGUGUACCAGGACAACGUGUACUCCCCAGACUGCAGAUUCCACUCCUUCAAGAAGGUGCUCUAUGAGAUGGGGCCCGAGUACUCCAGCAGUGUGGAGCUGGCCUCCUUCCACUCCACCUCCAAGGGCUACAUGGGCGAGUGUGGCUACAGAGGGGGCUACAUGGAGGUGAUCAACCUGCACCCCGAAAUCAAGGGCCAGCUGGUAAAGCUGCUCUCAGUGCGUCUGUGUCCACCAGUGUCUGGACAGGCUGCCAUGGACAUCGUCGUGAACCCCCCGGUGCCAGGAGAGGAGUCCUUUGAGCAGUUCAGCAGGGAGAAGGAGUCGGUCCUGGGUGACCUGGCCAGAAAAGCAAAGCUGACAGAAGACCUGUUCAACCAAGUCCCGGGGAUCCACUGCAACCCCUUGCAGGGCUCCAUGUACGCCUUCCCUCGAGUCUUCAUCCCUCCCAAGGCCGUGGAGGCGGCUCAGGCCCACAAAAUGGCCCCAGACAUGUUCUACUGCAUGAAGCUCCUGGAGGAGACUGGCAUCUGCGUUGUGCCCGGCAGCGGCUUCGGGCAGAGGGAGGGCACCUACCACUUCAGGAUGACCAUCCUCCCUCCCGUGGAGAAGCUGAAGACGGUGCUCCAGAAGGUGAAGGACUUUCACAUGAAGUUCCUGGAGAAGUACGCGUGAGGCGCCUCAGGCCCACGCGGGGAGACCCCGGCCUCGGCCCUUCCCGCUGCCCACCCCGCGGGCUGGACUCGCCUCCCCGUGGCUCUGCCUGGGGCCUCCAGAGGCCCCUGGUCGCUCGCACCAUCGCUCUGCCCCAGGGGACUUCUUGCUUUGUGCCUUGACCUUGGGAGCGCUUCUCUUCUGGGCAAGCGAACGCGCGAUGUCGCGGAGAUCUCGUUUUAUUUGAUACAACCGCAGUAGAGGGAACUUGCUCCGCAGAUGUGGCCAGGGUUCUCUGAAUAUGUCACUGUUUUUGCUUUGGGGUUUUAGACAACCAGGGUGUAUUGGGUGAGAGUACAGAUCUGGAGAAAACAAUCAGGUGUUGGGAAAUGUAUGACUUAGCCAUGGUGAGGACUGGAAACCCGAAACUCACCAACGUGAUCUGUGAAAUAAAACCCUCAGCGGUGUGAAAAUCUAGUCCUUGGAGUGGGAGAGCCUGGAAGUCCACCGGGGGCUCAGUGAGGGUCCACCCUUCUGGCCUGGAGACAGGCACCUGUCUCAGGAACGGGAAGGGCAGCAGCACAGAGGGACAGGUGCCAGACUAAGCUGUGGCAGACACGGGCUGCGGCCAAGGUCACAGGGUCCUGCGGGGCUGCGGGUUGAACCUCUUCUGAGCAACAGAGCGGGUGGUGAGAGCUGCGUACACAGGCUCUGGAGGUGGAGGGCUCUCAAACAUGCUUCGGCUGGGACCCCUGUCUGAGAGGUCUCCCCAGAUCCCAGGGACAGAGGCGCCCAGCAGUGCCGCAGGCGCGGAUCUGUCCUGCUGAUUCCCCAGUGACAGCUCUGGACCAAGGGCUCACUCGAGCCUUUACACACAUCGUCCCCUGCGGGUAGCAGCAGGGACAAGGAAGGACUGGAAAUGUCCUAAUCUGGGCAGGGAGUCCUCAAGGACCUGAUCAACAGUCAAGCCCCUGCAGUUGCUCAAAUUGCUUCAAAACUGAGUUCGAGCUGUUGCCUUGCUCUUGAUUGGUAGAAGUGCCUGGUAGCUCGGCUGCUGUGGGGAAGUAGUGAGAUCUGACUCGGAAUUUAUUAAAGUGUUUUAAUGCAAA